ACAACAGCAAGUCAAGAACGGCGAAGCAGAUGCGCCUCACGUUUAGAAAAGACCUCACUACUGCCUUACUCUGCACCCAGCCAGUCCGGUGUCUCCCCGCCCGCCCCUUGACUGUCCGUCAUAGAUUCUCUACUGCUACCGCGACUUCCAUCAAAGCCUUUGGUACAUUGAACAUGGCUGCAGCAAGAAAGGUUCAUCUAUCUCCGCUCACAGAUAGCGGCAUCUGGAGUAUGGGCGUGACAGAAGGUUCUGCGAAGACGGCCAGCGAGGUGCUCCAGGAGGACUUGGAGAAGCACCAUGUCUUCUUCAACAAUAUGGGAUUCCACAACCAUAUUGUACACCACAUUCUGACAAUAUACGCACUUGGCGCAUCUCCUGCCGAUAUCAAAACCGCCUACAACAGAGACAAGGCGUAUCAACGACGUACAAUGCCGAUGGACGAGAAGGUCGUAGACUCCCUCUAUGACAAAGGCCAGUUUAAAAAAGCCCUGGGAGAGGAAAAGAACUACCCCAAUUUCCUAGAGUUCUUUCAGCGUGAGCUUGACCGGAAGGGCACCGAGGCUGUGUUGAGUGAAUAUGUGUUUGCAGGGGAUGAAAAUGCAGAGAGCAUGAUGGCGCGACUCUUUGGUGGGCUGUUGCAUCCUAUCAUUCAUCUCGGCUUCGCGAUCGAAUUCAAUCAACCGGCUAUAGUCGCCGAAGCACUCGCUCAGACGGCAGUCCACGACGACUGGACAGGACCGCGCUAUCUGUGGCCCGCGGAGAGGACUGCAGGGGGAAUUGGCAAGCGAGGUGAGAAGACGAUGCUGCAGCUGCUGGAAGAAGCACGCGGGAACCAGAAGCUCGCCAGGUCUGCCCACUGGGAUGAUGGGAAUAAACUGCGCGAUGGGGUUCUGAAGCGAGCCCCCGAUGAGAUGAUCAAUAUUGCCUCUCAGUAUACGGUUUCCGAAGACCAGAUACAGGAGAAAUUUGUAGAGAUGGUCAACACGUCUGUCUACUUCACGAGUGCCUCACAGCGCCCGAACAAAGUCAUCAAGUUUGACUUUUUCCACAUUCAUGCCGUGAACUCGUCCAUAUUCUUUUCCAAAAUCCUGGCUCUUCCAUUUUUACCCACGCGCACCAGGCUUCGCCUACUAGAGUGGAAAGGACGUAUGGACCUCAUCAUGUAUAUUUCCAGGAAUGCUCCGGAGCUGUACCUGGAGGAGAUCACAAAUUACCCAGUGACAGCCGACUGGGAUACUAUAAUUGCACAUUGCAAUCAACACCCCGGUGACGAUGGGCAUUUGUCCAAGCUGGUAAGAGCAUUGAGGAACGCGGAGGAGGUGUGCAAGCCCUAUGCCGGCCAGGAAAAGGAGCGAGGGCUCAAGAUCACUGGAGACUCGUGGUUGAAGAUUGGAAAUAUGGUACAUGAUUCAGUCAAGGGUCAGGAUGCGAUGUGGGUUCGGUCGACAGGCUUUGACGAAGCUUGGGUUGAUUUCGAGGAUAGAUCUCGACUCUAGUUUAAUCUUUGAUCCAUUGGAUAUGAGAAAUUCAUUUGAUGAUACCUUGGCAAAAACAAAG